AUGGUCGAGGAGGGGGAGGAUCGAGAAGGAUCGGGCGGCCCACCUCACAGCGCGGAGGCGAAGGCGCGCGGCACCGCAGCUGAGCGAAGCGAGGCAGGGCACGGGGUUCGCACUCCAGGGCGCGACGGUGGACAUCCGCCAGACGGCACCAUCCGCACCCGAGUUCAUGAAACCCCGCUCGAGCUCAUCAGGCUCAGCCGACUACCCCAUGAGUGCAGGAUUCAAUCCCACACUGGAGAGGCCUGUGCAUCCUGCUCGAUCGCACCGCCGCCGCAUCCCUCGCCCGCGUGGUGUAACGUCGUGGCCAUGCUCACCCAAACCAGCCUGGUGCCGCUUCCAGAGUCGAGCGCAGCUUAA